UUCAGUUGGCCGCCUCCGUCGGGCGGGACGUGUCGAGAAUGCGCCCUUCCGCCCGCCCUUCAUCUGCUCGGGCUCUGGCAUCUCUGAGGGAGCUGCGGAUGCAGCCUGUGAGGAGGAUGAAACCUUCUGCAAUGAGCAAGCGUAAGGUAAAGGAGAGCAGUGAAGAAAAUGCUGUGUCCAUUUCCCAGGUGCAAAAAAUCUUACGUGAAAGAUUCUGUCGCCACUGUGCUUCUGGAAAACUGUUUGGGAUGAAGCAGCAGUACAGACAUUUGCUGGAGCUGCUGAAAAGAACCACGGUGCAUGGGGAGAGUAAUUCCGCCCUCAUUAUCGGGCCCCGGGGAUCCGGGAAAACUGCGUUAUUAAAUCAUGUCUUAAAAGACCUCAGGGAAAUGAAACAAGUGAGUGAGAACCUCUUGGAAGUCCAUCUGAAUGGACUUCUGCAGACAAAUGAUAAAGUGGCCCUGAAGGAGAUCACCAGGCAGCUGCAGCUGGAAAAUGUGGUUGGGGACAAAGUUUUUGGCAGUUUUGCUGAAAACCUUGCCUUCCUCCUUGAAGCUCUGAAGAGAGGAAACCGAACCAGCAGCUGCCCAAUUUUGUUUGUCCUGGAUGAAUUUGAUUUGUUUGUCCACCACAAGAACCAGACCCUGCUCUACAACCUCUUUGACAUCUCCCAGUCUGCACAGACCCCAGUGACAGUCAUUGGACUCACCUGUAGGCAGGAUAUCCUGGAGCUCUUGGAGAAGAGAGUAAAGUCAAGGUUCUCCCACAGACAGAUAUAUUUGAUGAAUUCCUUUGAUUUUAAACAAUACAUUAAGAUAUUUAAGAAACAGCUUUCUCUUCCUGCUGAAUUUCCCGAUGAAUCUUUUGCACAAAAAUGGAAUAAUAAUGUUCAGCAUCUCUCAGAGGAUAAAGCUGUGCAGGACGUGCUGCAGAACCUGUUCCAGCACACCAAAGACCUGCGCUCGCUGCAUUUGCUCCUGAUGCUGGCUGGCAGCGCCGUGACCGUGCACCACCCCCUGCUGACGGCUGCAGACCUGCAGGAGGCCAGCAGGCAGCGCAGCACCGACUCCAAGGCAAACAUUGUCCAUGGUUUGUCUGUGCUGGAAAUCUGCCUCAUCAUAGCCAUGAAACACCUGAAUGAGGUCUAUGAUGGAGAACCAUUCAACUUCCAGAUGGUUUACAAUGAAUUCCAGAAGUUCAUCCAGAGGAAGGCACAUUCUAUGUACAACUUUGAGAAGCCAGUUGUCAUGAAGGCCUUUGAGCACCUGCUGCAGCUGGAGCUGGUGAAGCCCCUGGAGCGGCCGUCGGUGCGGGCACAGCGGGAAUAUCUCCUGAUGAAGCUGCUGCUGGACAGCAGCCAGAUCAUGGAUGCGCUGCAGGUGUACCCCAACUGCCCCACGGACGUGAAGCAGUGGGCAGCCUCCUCCCUCAGCUGGCUCUGAGCUCCCUCAGGAGGGAAUGCUGACCUGCAGGAAGCUGCUCACAUCAAUAAACUUUUGGAAGCAGCUUUCUUUGCUGAUCCAUUUGGGAUUUUCUAGGGAGAAUGGUGCUGCUGUUCCUUUCCAGCAGCCAGAACUGGGCCUCCCUCACACCCCCAGGUACUUUAGCUCAGCUCAGUGCCAACUCUGCUCUCACACUCGGCUCCCACUUGGAGAAAUCCAAGCUCUGGAGUUUCCUCCUGCCUCCCCUCUCCAUGUUCCCCCAUCGGGUCACAGCCCACACUGCAUUUUACCAUCUCAAAUCUGACUUGACAUGGAAAAUUGACCCAAUUAAAUCGUUAAUCACAACUGAAUUUACUUCGUGAAACGUUUAAUCCAACAGGCUUCAGCUGCAAGGGCUGUUCUGUGCCAAGUACAAGGUAACAUCUCUCCACACCCAAUUUUUUGAAGCAAGAGUUUGGCUCAAGCCCUGCUCUAGGACCAGCCCCAUGAGUUGAAAA